GCGACAUCAUGUGAUCCUCUCGAUCCCCGACGACAUGUCCAGGUCCCCAGAGCAGUAUACCGCCAUCGUCGACAGAUAGUCAUACCGAGUGCCUCGCAAGAAACCUUGACUGAGCUGGCGUGUCGACCUGCCGUGACUACCAUACCUGGCCAAGUGAUUCUUGAAUCUCCUCAGACUCCCUUAUACCCUCAAGAACCCCGCGACGCGUCCGUCGCGUAAAGUGGGAAAGUCAAGAUGGCAGACAUGUCCAACGAAGACGAGCGCGAGCGUCUCAAGGCCGCCCUCUGGUUCGCAGUCGGCAAGAUCGUCGACGAGGAGUCCAUCAAGCAGAACUGCAACGCCACACCGCAGUACAUUGGCGCGCUGACCGAAAUGGUCUGGGCCCAGAUCGAAUCCGUGGCCACCGACCUAGAGAGCUUCAGCCGGCACGCGCGGAGAUCGACGGUCCACACGGAAGACGUCGUCCUGCUGGCCCGCAAGAACCCGGACCUGCUCGACAUUGUCCGCGGCUUCGUCGAGGAGCAAAAGGCGGAGAAGCUGAGGAAGGGCAAAGGCAAGCAGAAGAGAUGAUGCAGCUGUCGGAACUCCUACGUACUGUUGAUACCCCCA